GAGGAAGAAGGGGAGGAAGAUGGCGCUGACCAGCUUCUUACCUGCGCCCACGCAGCUGUCUCAAGACCAGCUCGAGGCCGAAGAGCGGGCAAGAUCCCAGAGGGCGCGACAGACGGCCCUGGUGGCAUCCCGCAGGGAGCCUCCCCCGUACGGCUACCGGAAAGGCUGGAUACCGCGACUACUAGAGGAUUUUGGAGAUGGAGGAGCCUUUCCAGAGAUCCAUGUGGCCCAGUACCCACUGGAUAUGGGGCGAAAGAAAAAAAUGUCCAAUGCACUGGCUAUUCAGGUGGAUGCGGAAGGAAAAAUUAAAUAUGACGCCAUCGCUCGACAGGGCCAAUCGAAAGAUAAGGUCAUUUACAGCAAGUACACAGACCUAGUUCCCAAAGAAGUCAUGAACGCAGAUGAUCCAGACCUGCAGAGACCUGAUGAAGAAGCCAUCAAAGAGAUAACAGAAAAGACCCGAGUGGCGCUGGAGAAAUCGGUCUCCCAAAAGGUGGCCGCAGCCAUGCCCGUCCGAGCAGCCGACAAACUGGCCCCGGCCCAGUACAUCCGGUACACCCCGUCUCAGCAAGGGGUAGCUUUCAACUCCGGAGCAAAGCAGCGCGUCAUUCGAAUGGUGGAGAUGCAGAAAGAUCCCAUGGAGCCGCCCAGAUUUAAGAUUAACAAGAAAAUUCCCCGAGGUCCGCCUUCUCCGCCCGCACCCGUCAUGCACUCCCCCAGCAGAAAGAUGACCGUGAAGGAGCAACAAGAGUGGAAAAUUCCUCCCUGUAUUUCCAACUGGAAAAAUGCAAAGGGAUACACCAUCCCGUUGGACAAGCGUCUGGCCGCCGAUGGGAGAGGACUGCAGACAGUACACAUUAAUGAAAACUUCGCCAAACUGGCCGAAGCCCUUUACAUUGCUGACAGAAAGGCUCGUGAGGCCGUGGAGAUGCGCGCUCAAGUGGAGAGGAAGAUGGCCCAAAAGGAAAAGGAAAAACAUGAGGAGAAGCUCCGAGAAAUGGCCCAGAAAGCCAGGGAGAGGAGAGCCGGAAUCAAAACCCAUGUAGAGAAAGAGGAUGGGGAGGCUCGAGAGCGGGAUGAAAUCCGGCACGACAGGCGCAAAGAAAGACAGCAUGACAGGAACCUCUCCAGAGCCGCCCCAGAUAAGAGGUCAAAACUACAGAGAAACGAGAAUCGAGACAUCAGUGAAGUCAUUGCGCUUGGCGUGCCCAAUCCUCGCACAUCCAACGAAGUCCAGUAUGACCAGAGACUCUUCAACCAGACCAAGGGCAUGGACAGCGGGUUUGGCGGGGGCGAAGAUGAAAUUUAUAACGUCUACGAUCAAGCCUGGAGAAAUAAAGACACGGCCCAGAGCAUCUACCGACCCAGCAAAAAUGUGGACAAAGACAUGUACGGCGAUGACCUAGAGGCCCGGAUCAAAACCAACAGGUUUGUUCCCGACAAAGAGUUUGCCGGCUCCGACCGCAGGCAGAGAGGCCGGGAGGGACCCGUGCAGUUUGAGGAAGACCCCUUUGGUCUGGACAAAUUCUUGGAAGAAGCCAAACAGCACGGGGGGUCCAAGAGGCCCUCGGACAGCGGCCGCCCCAAAGAACACGAUCACGAGGGCAAAAAACGAAGGAAGGAGUGAAUGAGGUGAACCUCUCCUCUUCAGAGAAAAGAGAAUGGACUGUUCUCCUCUUGGGGGGAGUUAUGUAAAUGGUCAGGGGCCAAACCCAACCUAGCAGGAGGCACCACCUAGUUUGACUUUUUCAUAAGGGGCUGGGGGGGAGGGAAGGGAGGAGUUGAAGUACUUUGAAGCGUUUGGGUUUUUUGCUUUUAUUUUUAAAGGGGGGGGGGGGUAGUGUGGGCUCUGUCCAAGCUUUUCCCGCCCUCACCGCUUGUUACCCAUCAUCUCGGGAGCACCAUCGCUGUGACCUGGUGCGGCAUCUAAAGACCUUCCUCUAAUGGUAGCAUUUGUGUGGGGCUACCCUUUUAUGACCCAGCUGUUUGCGUGUACAGUUGCCCCCGUUCCCACUGAGGAACUAGGGGAAUCUUCAAAGGAUGAAAUUCCCGCUGUGCCGGUAGAGUUUUCAUUAGGAAUGGGCAAGAAAACCUCUGCUUGGUACAGCUGUUUUAAAUAAAAAAAAAAAAACACACGGAAACAAUGCUGAGAUA